AUGUAUCUACGUAUCGAUUUACAUAUUUUAACAACAAUCUUCACACUUAUUUCUAGUGCAAAUUUACUACGCAAUGAUGCAUCAAUAAAUACAGUUGAAGAAUUUCUUGAUACACUCAUUAAUUCAAGUCAUUAUGAUAGACGUAUUCGACCAUUUUUUGAUCAACACAAACCAUGCAACGUAACAAUGACGAUUCAUAUUAAUACGAUAUCAGCCAUUAAUGAAGUUAACAUGGAUUAUAAUACAGAUUUGAUUUUUCGUCAAUCAUGGUAUGAUCCAAGAUUGAAUUAUUCUGGAACAGAUUGGGCAAAAAAAUCACCACAAAUCACAUUGCAUUAUUCACUUAUUGAUCGUAUAUGGGUACCUGAUUCAUUUUUUCGUAAUGCUAAAGAAGGUAAACGUAGUGAUAUAACAGUACCCAAUCGAUUAAUUCGUAUUCAUCUCGAUGGAAAAGUACUUUAUAGUCAAAGACUUUUACUUAAGCUUGAUUGUCAAAUGAAAUUGCAGAAGUUCCCACUUGAUAAUCAAACAUGUGUUGUCAACAUUGGCAGUUACGGUUUCGACACAAAUGAUUUAGCUUUUUUUUGGGAUGAAGCUCAAAAUAUAAGUGCUAUUCGAGUUAAUGAAGAUCUAGAAAUGCCUGAUUUUGUUUUAAGUAAUCAUGAAGCACGAUAUUGUAAUCGAACAACAGCAACAGGUUAG